AUGUCAUUCUUCACCACCCCAUCUAGCGACAGAAAGGAAGACCCUUCUUCCAACCUCACGGUCGACCAGGAUAUGGGCCGAUUGUCCACUUCAUCAAGAGAAUCCGACGUCCCGCCUGCCUACAACGAUGCUUUCGGCGGCUCGUCACCAUAUAGCUUUGCCACCACAGGCCAGCUCCAAAUCCAAGCUGUUGGCUUUGACUACAACUCAGCCCUCAUCGGAUCUAAAAUGGAGACAAUCUCAGUCGAUCGCGUAGAGACCGGGCAGCCAGAGUACACAUCCAUCCGACUCAAGAAAAGCUCAAACUCUUGCGCCCUCGUCAGCGCUUCAGACCGAACCCAAACCCCUUUAAUUUCAACCAUCUAUCGAUGGGGACCGGGUAGACACCCUAGGAUGCGGAUCUUCCCAGCCGACACUACUGUUUCUGUCGAGGAUGCCAUCAACGCGGACAAUGUCCAGUGUGAGCUGAUUGACGUCAAGAGCCGCUCCAUGCUCUCCCGCGCACAGAAGUUCGACACAUCUUUCGGCUCCUUCGAGUGGCGGUACGGCAGCCGCGGUGAGCGCAAAGAGGACCACGACGCAUCAUCGCUUUUGAUCCUCGAGAGGACUGACUCCGUCGCAUCGACGGCCGGUUCCAAGGUUGGGAAGAGGGGCGUUCGCGUCGCUCAGCUGGUGCGCAGUGACGAGUUCCGCACCCCUGGUACAACCCGGUACAUGGGCGGCAAUGGCGGCAGGCUGAUGAUGGAUCUGAGCUUGUGGACGGACGACAAAAAGGCCACCGCCAAGGAUGUCGAGGCGUUUGUCGUGGCGAGCUGCAUAUGCAUGCUUAAGAGAGAAGCAGACCGAUUUAGAGACAAUACGAUUGCGGCUGUGGUAUAG